UUGACCAACAACAAAAAAGAAAAAAAGCAGCAAAAACCCUAGUUAAUAAACCAAAGCACUUUCGUGGCCUUAGCCUUCUUUCUCUCUCAUUUAUAAUAAUUGCCCCACGAUAUAUAGUGGAAUACUCAUUUUGCAUAUUUUAUUGUCCCCUCAUAAUUGAUUUAACAAAAAAAUAAAAACCCUUAAUUCCUCUCACCAACGGAUGUUAUAUAUCACACCCCACAACCCUUCUCAAAAUUUCAUUCUCUUCUCCACCCCAAAAAUUAAAAAAAAAAAAAAAAAAAAAAACCUCAUACCCAACAAAAAGCUUUGUAAUAAUAAUUUAAACAAGAGAGAUCAAUAUGGCUGAAGAAUGCGCCGAGAGUUCGGUGGCUAUUUCCACCUCUGCUGGCGUUGUAUCGCCAAGCAAUUGGUGGGAUCUCCAUCCAACUACUGCAGCUGCGGCCACGGCCGCAGCUGGCUCAUCAGCUCUCUCUUCAUGGUGUCAUCAUCAUCAUCGUAACAAUAAUAACACCAAUACUACUACAAUCAAUAAUUGCCGUAAUAUUCCAUGGCAUAAUAUUCAUCAAGCUGCGGCGGCUAUUGCUCCCAACCCUAACUCCAACUCCGAUGAGGAUGUUUCAAUUUCUACUUCCUUCACUAAUGCUUCAAACCACUCUGGCCUCACUGUUGAGUCAUCUCGCCGCCUUAUUGAGCCGGCCGCUUCUUCUAGCGACGACUUGAUGGCUGAGCAACAAACCGCUUCUGAUAAUCAUAUUUGGAGUCAUGUCUUAUUAAAUGUUGGGAACAAUGGAGAAUUACACAACCAUAAUCAAGACGUGGGAGAAAAUUUCCUAGAUAUGUUAUCAUCAUCAUCAACAAAGAGCAAUAAUAAUAAUAGUAAUAAUGGGAUGUACGAGCCAUUAGCAUGUGACUACUUGAAGAAGCUUGACACUAAUACUAAUAGUGCUAAGUACUCAAACAGUUGGGAUGAUCAUAAUAAUCACUUCUCAUCAUCAAACAAUAAUAAUAAUUUUGAUGAUCAAAAGAGUAAUAGUACUAUGAUGAUGAUGAUGAUCAAUACUAGUACCACUACUACUACUCCAUCAACAGCUUUGAUCAAUGAAUCAAUGGUGGAAAACGAAAGAUUAACCAACAAGUUAUCAAACCUAAUCAGCACAUGGUCAAUUGCACCACCCGAUCCACUCGAAAUCAACAUCAAUACUACUACAACUACUAACAACAACAACAACAACCACUACUUCAAUCCUGAUGAUCAAACUUGCAAUAUCUCCUUGAGCUCUAAUUCAAUAAUGGAGGAUCAUCAUUUUCCUCCAUGUAACUACCUUCUUCCAAGUUUGAAGCUCGAAAAUCAUAGUGGACAUGGCGAUGGUGAUGAGAUGGAUGAAGCAAGGCCGUUUAAUAAUAAUAUUAUGGGAUAUAAUAAUAAUAAUGGCUCCUUUAUGACUUCCGCCGGUCAUUAUGGGAUGCCAGGGCCAGGUCCAGGGCUGGGGCCGGGAUCGAUGGACUCUUAUUCUUCAUGCGCUAGUAAUGUUAAGAAUUUCGCCGAUGUUAUAUCGUUUGGUGGCCGAUUAGGGAAGCCCUUCAUGGAUUUGCAUGGCUCUAAUAACAACAAUAUUAAGCCUUGUAUUAACAAGUCUUUGGGUUUGUCAGAUUCUAAGAAACAAGGGCUUCAAACUUCUACUCCGACAAAAGGCAGUGGAAGAGGACAAGGUAAUACGAGUUCUGAAGGGAAGAAAAAAAGGUCUGAUAAUCAAGAUAAUAAUUCAGAAACAAGCUUGAAAAAACCAAAACAAGAAAAUUCUACAGCUUCAUCUGCAAAGAUACAAGUACCAAAAGUCAAGCUUGGAGAUAGAAUCACGGCUCUUCAGCAAAUCGUCUCCCCUUUUGGAAAGACUGACACAGCAUCAGUUCUAUACGAGGCAAUUCAAUACAUAAAGUUUCUUCAAGAGCAAGUGAAGUUGCUGAGUAAUCCUUACAUGAAAACUAACUCACACAAGGAUGCAUGGGGAAGCUUGGAUAGAAACAUUAAGGAUCAUCAUCAUCAUCAAAAUCAGCAGAAUAAUCAAAUGAUGAUGGUGAUGAAGGGUGAUCAUCAUCAUCAUCAUCAAAAUCAUCAAAAUAAUCAUCAUGUAAAGCUUGACCUGAGGAGUAGAGGACUUUGUUUAGUUCCAUUGUCAUGUACUCCACAAGUUUAUCGUGACAAUACAGGAUCUGACUACUGGACCCCAACCUAUAGAGGCUGUUUGUAUAGAUGAUCAUCAAUAACUUAUAAUUAAAUACCUCUCCUCUCCUCAUCUCAUCCCAUCCAUAUAUAAAUAUUAUGUACUUUUAUUUUCAGAAUUGUAUAUCUAAUUAAUCACAGUACUUAUUAUAUUAAUAUUAAUUAUCAUCAGUUAAA